UCUGUUAUUAGGUUACUGAAGCUCAAAAGAGAAAGCAUUGGGUUGAAAGGAUGGCAGCUAGGAAGCAUAAGUUGUCUGAGGAUUUAGCUGAAGAUCUAUUGUGUUCUGUUUGUCUGGAUUUGUUUAAUGACCCUGUAAUGCUGGUAUGUGGCCAUAACUUCUGCAAAUGCUGCAUUGAUAAAUUCUGGGACUGUGAUAAGAUUCCCUCCUGUCCUGAAUGCAGAGAGGAAUUUCCAGCUAAAAAGUACACUGUUAACAGGCCGCUCCGUAAGAUUGCUCAGACUGUUAAAUCACAGCCAAAUGAGGAAAUAGGAAAGGCACCCCAGGAGUACCAGAAAAACUUGUGUGGGGAGGGAUUGUACAACUGCUUGGAACACAAAGAGGCCCUGAAAUUGUUCUGCAAGGAAGAUGGAACUCCCAUGUGUGUCAUCUGUAUGGUAUCAUCCAAGCAUAAAGAGCACUCCUUCCUACCCCUGCAGGAAGCAGUUAACAUGUUUCAGAGCAAGCUGAAAAUCAUAGCAUCUGCUCUAGAAUCAGAAAGGAAAUUCCUCAAAGAAUAUCAAAAAAAGCAGGAAGAGAAGAUCUUUUUUAUCCAGGAUGAAGCCCGGAUUUUGGAGCACAGCAUUAAAUCAGAAUUUGCCAAUCUGCACUGGUUUCUCUACGACAAAGAGCAGCAGCUGAUCCGACAACUCAAGGAGGAAACUUCAGGAAUUCUGGGAAAGAUGAACGAAAAGUUAAGGGAAAUUCAAGAGAUGAGUGACUCUAUUCAGAGGCAGAUAUUCAGCAUUCAGUCAAAAAUGCAGCAGAAACAUUCUGCGCGUUUCCUCACAGGGGUCAAGGAUAAAAUUGAAAGGAUCACAAAAAGACAGGAAGAGAGAUCUGCAUACAAUACUUCACUGGUUUGUGAUGAACUGACUCUUGGCACAUACAGAGGCCCACUGCAGUACAACGCUUGGAAGGAAAUGAUCUCCAUUAUCAAGCCUGGCCUGUCUUGUUUGACCCUGGAUCCUAACACAGCAAGUCCUUUUCUCAUUCUGUCUGAUGACCUGACGACUGCAAGGCUUGGGCAAACUAAACAACAACUUCCUGACAACCCUGAGCGAUUCGAUAUAUAUCGAUGUGUGCUGGGAUCAGAGGGAUUCAUAAAUGGGAGACAUUACUGGGAAGUGGAAGUAAAGAAAAAGAUUGCCUGGGAUAUAGGGGUCACCAGAGAGUCCAGCAAAAGGAAGGGUACAUUUACGUGGAAUGCAGAGGAUGGAUACUGGGGAUUAACUCUGAGAAAUGGGAAUAAAUACAUAGUUCAGGAUUCAAAACCCAAAUAUCUCAGCCUGACUGUAAAACCACAGAAGAUCGGAGUGUACCUGGACUAUGACAAGGGACAGGUGUCAUUUUAUAAUGCUGAUAAUGGGUCCCACCUGUACACCUUUACUGACACUUUUACUGAGAGGCUGUUCCCUUAUUUCUGGGUUGGAAGUAAUUAUGGUUUUGAUAGUGCAGACCCUCUAAAACUGUUUCACCUGAAAAUGUGAGGUGGAGUUGUACACAUUACUGUUUACUAACAUGGAAUUGCUGGAGUAGUUAAAUGUUUAUAAAUUUUCAGACCCUGUAUACAAAGUAUAAUGCAUACAUUGUUAUAAAAUUGACAGAAGGAUAUAUGUACAAGAAGAGCAUCUAGUAACAAUAUGUACAAGAAGAGCACUUAGUAACAAUAUGUACAAGAAGAUCACUUGGUAACAAUAUGUACAAGAAGAGCACUUGGUAACAAUAUGUACAAGAAGAUCACUUGGUAACAAUAUGUACAAGAAGAACACUUGGUAACAAUAUGUACAAGAAGAACACUUGGUAACAAUAUGUACAAGAAGAACACUUGGUAACAAUAUGUACAAGAAGAACACUUGGUAACAAUAUGUACAAGAAGAACACUUGGUAACAAUAUGUACAAGAAGAACACUUGGUAACAAUAUGUACAAGAAGAACACUUGGUAACAAUAUGUACAA